AUGGCUGGUGCCCACAAGAUUGCCCAUGCCACGUUGAAAGGCCCGAGCGUCGUGAAAGAGAUCAUCAUCGGCCUCAGCCUGGGCCUUGUUGCCGGCGGCCUGUGGAAGAUGCAUCACUGGAAUGAGCAGAGGAAGGUCAGGUCCUUCUACGACAUGCUCGACAGGGGCGAGAUCAGCGUCGUCGUCGAGGAAUGA